AAAAAAAAUUUGAAUUGUCCCUCUGACGGACAAAUGCGUAAGCUAUUGAUUGAUUCACGUAACUCACGUGGUAAAUAGUUAUCGAUCGUAUUAUUAGGAACCUGUAAUAUCGACAUAAAAGUCGAUAAAAAUGUUUAAAAAACAAUAUGGCAGUUCGUAAGAGAGAAGACAGGUGACAAGUGAUAUCAUUGACACACGUGUGUUUCUAUAGAAAUUAUUGAGAUAAAAGUAAAAUUAUUUAUACAAUGGAUAAUGACACAAUGCCUCCAGAUGAAAAUUUUGAAUUAUUAAUCAAAAUUAUUGUCACAAUUGUUGUGGCAUUAAUAAUGACUAUAGUACUGAUAGCUAAAUGGCGUAAAAAAAAAUUUAUCGGUCAGACUAUAUUAUUGACUGGACUUAGCGAUGCUGGAAAAACUUUGAUACAUUCGCGUUUGGUUCAUUCCAAAUUUGUUGAUACUUAUACAUCUGUUAAAGAAAAUAUAGGAGAGAUGAUAAUCAAUAAUAAAAAUUUAAGGAUCGUUGCUCUACCAGGAGAUGAACGAUUACGUUAUGAAUUCUUUGACAAAUAUAAAUUAGCUGCUAAAGCAAUUAUUUUUGUCAUUGAUUCUGUUACGUUUCAAAAGAAUAUUCGUGAUGUAGCGGAGUAUUUAUACAACUUAUUGUCAGAUAUAGAUGAAGUCAGAGGAUUACCGAUAUUAAUAUUGUGCAAUAAACAGGAUCAAACAAUGGCUAAGGGUAGUUCCGUAAUCAAAUCAUUAUUGGAAAAAGAAAUGAAUCUUUUAAAACUAACUAAACCUAAUCAAUUAGAAACUAUGGAUGCUUCAUUUAAAAACACCCUUCUUGGAAAACAUAGCAAAGACUUUCAAUUUCAUCAACUCAAUUCGAAAGUUUCAUUUGCCGAAUCGAGUGCCUUUAUUAAAGAUUCUGAAACACCGCCACACUUAACAGCAUUACAAGAAUGGCUAGAAAGUGUUGCGUGAAUGUCUCUCUCUCUCUCUCUCUUUCUCUCUCUCUUUGUUUUUUUCUCUCUUUCUUCCUCUUAUCC